AUGAAAACAUCACUUUCAAUCACCAUUCCUCCUUCCAAUUCCACAAAUGAAACGUCACUUUCAACGUCAUUCCCUCCUUCCAAUUCAGAUAGACAACAUCACUUUCAAUCCUCUUUCCUCCAAUUCCACCAGAUAGAACAACAUCCUUUUCAAUCACCUUUCCUCCUUCCAAUUCCACCAGAUAGACAACACGUCACUUUCAAUCUUGUAGAAAACGUCACUUUCAAUCAUCAAUCCCCCUUCCAAUUCCACCAGAUAGACAACAUCUUUUUCAAUAACCAUUCCCCUUUCCAAUUCCACCAGAUAGACAACAUCACUUUCAAUCACCAUUCCUCCUUCCAAUUCCACCAGAUAGACAACAUCACUUUCAAUCACCAUUCCUCCUUCCAAUUCCACCAGAUAGACAACAUCACUUUCAAUCACCAUUCCUCCUUCCAAUUCCACCAGAUAGACAACAUCACUUUCAAUCACCAUUCCUCCUUCCAAUUCCACCAGAUAGACAACAUCACUUUCAAUCACCAUUCCUCCUUCCAAUUCCACCAGAUAGACAACAUCACUUUCAAUCACCAUUCCUCCUUCCAAUUCCACCAGAUAGACAACAUCACUUUCAAUCACCAUUCCUCCUUCCAAUUCCACCAGAUAGACAACAUCACUUUCAAUCACCAUUCCUCCUUCCAAUUCCACCAGAUAGACAACAUCACUUUCAAUCACCAUUCCUCCUUCCAAUUCCACCAGAUAGACAACAUCACUUUCAAUCACCAUUCCUCCUUCCACAACAUCACUUUCAAUCACCAUUCCUCCUUCCAAUUCCACCAGAUAGACAACAUCACUUUCAAUCACCAUUCCUCCUUCCAAUUCCACCAGAUAGACAACAUCACUUUCAAUCACCAUUCCUCCUUCCAAUUCACCAGAUCCAAUCCUUUCAAUCACCAGAUUAGACAACAUCACUUUCAAUCACCAUUCCUCCUUCCAAUUCCACCAGAUAGACAACAUCACUUUCAAUCACCAUUCCUCCUUCCAAUUCCACCAGAUAGACAACAUCACUUUCAAUCACCAUUCCUCCUUCCAAUUCCACCAGAUAGACAACAUCACUUUCAAUCACCAUUCCUCCUUCCAAUUCCACCAGAUAGACAACAUCACUUUCAAUCACCAUUCCUCCUUCAAUUCCACCAGAUAGACAACAUCACUUUCAAUCACCAUUUCCUUCAAUUCCACCAGAUAGACAACAUCACUUUCAAUCACCAUUCCUCCUUCCAAUUCCACCAGAUAGCAAACAUAGACAACAUCACUUUCAAUCACCAUUCCUCCUUCCAAUUCCACCAGAUAGAUAGACAACAUCACUUUCAAUCACCAUUCCUCCUUCCAAUUCCACCAGAUAGACAACAUCACUUUCAAUCACCAUUCCUCCUUCCAAUUCCACCAGAUGACAACAUCACUUUCAAUCACCAUUCCUCCUUCCAAUUCCACCAGAUAGACAACAUCACUUUCAAUCACCAUUCCUCCUUCCAAUUUCCACAAGAUACUUUCAAUCAUCAUUCCUUUCAAUUUCACAGCAUCACUUUCCUCCUUCCAAUUCCACCAGAUAGACAACAUCACUUUCAAUCACCAUUCCUCCUUCCAAUUCCACCAGAUAGCAACAUCACUUUCAAUCACCAUUCCUCCUUCCAAUUCCACCAGAUAGACAACAUCACUUUCAAUCACCAUUCCUCCUUCCAAUUCCACCAGAUGACAACAUCACUUUCAAUCACCAUUCCUCCUUCAAUUCCACCAGAUAGACAACAUCACUUUCAAUCACCAUUCCUCCUUCCAAUUCCACCAGAUAGCAAACAUCACUUUCAAUCACCAUUCCUCCUUCCAAUUCCACCAGAUAGACAACAUCACUUUCAAUCACCAUUCCUCCUUCCAAUUCCACCAGAUAGACAACAUCACUUUCAAUCACCAUUCCUUCCAAUUCCAGAUAGACAACAUCACUUUCAAUCACCAUUCCUCCUUCAAUUCCACCAGAUAACAUCACUUUCAAUCACCAUUCCUCCUUCCAAUUCCACCAGAUAG